AAUAUAAGCAAAACCUAUGGAGAGCUCAACGAUGAUGUGAACCGUUUGGCUAAAGGGCUCACGGAUUUCGGUCUAAAGCAUGGAGAUGUGGUGGGAGUUUGGAGUACAAAUUCAUACAACUGGGUCCAAAUACAAUAUGCGUGUUUUAGAUUGGGGCUAAUCUUGAGCACAAUCAAUCCAGGUUAUCAAGUGGACGAGCUGGAUUAUUUAUUGCGAAGGGCACAGAUAAAAGCACUGUUUAUGCCGGGGGCAGACAGCAAGCACAAUGUGAUCAAUAAGUUUCAAACUGUUUUAACAGAUGUAUUGAUUAAAGACUCUCAGACUUCGCAAAAUAGCGAUGAAUUGCUAUUACGAGACGUUAUUGUUAUGGACGGCAAUGCGUUUCCUGUGGACCACUCUCUAAGACACAAAAUAUCUGUUCAUUUGUUUAAGGAUUUCACGACAAAUGACGGCGUUUUGGACCAAACAUUAGUGGAUGCCGUGAAACCCGAGGACCCUGGUGUCAUUAUGUUUACCUCGAUAAUUUGUUAA